GGGCCGGGACACAAUCCACAUGCAGCACUCGGUUCUCGAUCUUAAAAACUGGAAAAUAGAGGAAGAAAAGAGGGAUUGAAAAAUGGCGAUGAACUCAGUGAAAUGGGGGUAUGUACGUAUCAUCAGCGGCACCAUUCUUGGCGGCAUCCUUGGCUUCUACGUUAUGCACCGCGUCGAACUCAGCUACAAGGAGAAAAUGAAGGAGAGAUUGAGGCAGUAUGAAAUUGAAUUGAGGAAAAAGGAGAAGCUGAAUGAGCUUGAAGAUUCCCUCUAGCUUUUUUUUUUUAACAGUUAAGCAAACUACUUCUUUAUGUCUUUUUUUUUUUUUAAAGGUAGAUUUUAGAAUAAGAACAUAAUAAGCAGGAGAUAUUUGAAAUCAUGAUGGAUGAUUAGUGAUUCUGUUUUUAUUGAGUUGUGAAUUAAAUUGAAAUAUAAUGUUAUCAGCUUUUUUUGUCAUCUUUUGAAUUUCAGUAUUGCUCUUCCUGUCAAGAUUUUAAGGUAAUAGUGCCCAUAAUGCAAAGCUUCAUAAUUGAUUUUGCAGAACAAAUGGAUUUUUUUGGAAUGCCAUAAACAUUUUUCUCUAUCCUUUUUGAGCAUGCCAAAAAUGGUGGAACAGGUUAGAGAUUGAUCACUAUUCUGCUUGAACAGAACAGAAGAAGGAAAGAGAAGAAUAAAAGGAAAACUGCAUUUAGAUUUUAGAGGAAUAGAGAAGGAUGAACAUUUUCUUUUUCUUUGUCCUAAAUUGAUAUAGUUAAGCAAUAUACAAGGAGUAAUAAAUAGAAUUGGGUUUAGUCACUUGACAUUAGCGAUCCCAGUGAGAAACAAACAA